GCCUCUUUUUCUUUCUCGCUUUAGCGGUGAAGGUGCAACAGUAAACGGUCGUCCCGAGCCCGGGUUCAUCCGACACCCUCACCACAUCACCAGGCUGAACUGAGCCCACAUCCACAGCGACACCAUGCCUCCUAAGUUCGACCCAACCGAGGUUAAGAUUGUGUACAUGAGAUGCACUGGAGGAGAAGUUGGUGCAACCUCAGCUCUGGCCCCCAAAAUCGGACCUCUGGGUUUGUCUCCCAAGAAAGUUGGUGAUGACAUUGCCAAGGCAACCGGUGACUGGAAAGGCCUGAGGAUCACUGUGAAGCUGACCAUCCAGAACAGACAGGCAGCGGUUGAGGUGGUUCCCUCAGCAUCUGCUCUGGUCAUCAAGGCUCUGAAGGAGCCUCCUCGUGACAGGAAGAAGGUCAAGAACAUUAAGCACAGUGGCAGCGUGACCUUUGACGAGAUUGUGGGCAUCGCUCGCGUCAUGAGAGAGCGCUCCAUCGCCAGGGAGCUCUCUGGAACCAUCAAAGAGAUCCUUGGCACCGCUCAGUCGGUGGGCUGCACCAUCGACGGUCGCCCUCCCCACGAUGUCAUCGAUGACAUCAACAGCGGCAAAGUGGAGUGUCCAUCUGACUAAAUGAACACAAAUAAAAACCGUCACACGAAA